AGCAUCAUUGAUAAAAAGAAACAAACAUACCAAUUAAGUAGCUAGCCCAUACAAAAGCAUCAAAUCCCAAGCUACUUCAUACAACACCAUGGUUCAUUCAUUCACACCCUUCUUUCUUGCCCUACUAUUCAUACUGAUAACUACCACGAAUGUACUCGAAAACGUUCGAGGCGAUCCAGACCUAACUUUCAUCGAGGGUCUCUGCGGAUUCGAGUACGAUACAACUCCCUUCAGGAAGGGUCAAGCCAUGAGACUCACAAGCGGCGACAUCGAGCGCACAAGCUCCCAUUCCCCAUUUUGCAGCGUUACCGCCGAUGACGAUGGCACGCCCCAAAUGUAUGGUAUGGCUACAUGUUCGGACUCCAUCUCUCCGGAGGAUUGCAAGGCUUGCCUUACCUAUUGUCAAGACCAGUUGCUGAAUUAUAACAUAUGCAAUGAUCUAUACGGCGCCCGAAUCAUCGUUGCCAGCUGCUCAUUGAGGUACGAGACCUAUGAGAUUGAGGAAUGUGCGCCAUGAAUGCGUUGAUAUGGAAGAUGAGGCCGUAUACAUCAAAGGGUUCUGUGUGCUGCUGAUUCAUGUCGUCGGAUUUGGAUCUUUCGAAUAAUUCUGGACGGCUUUGCUAUGUCUUUUUUCUUAGUAAUUGUACUUGUACUUGUGAUUGUGGUUUUCUUUUAUAUGUGUAACAAAGUGUGAAGGAAUAA